AUGUUCAAAGAUAAAUUAGCAUAUGAAUUCUAUCAACCACAAACGAAUACCUUACGACGUGUUCAAUGUUUCAAAGAAAUUCUUCAUCGAUCCAUUCAAUUACAAAAACAUAUCGUGAGAAUUUAUCACGAACAUGUGUCCAAUCAAAAAGAUUCAUCGAAAAAAAUUUAUAAUCUCAUCUAUCAAAUUUCGAAAGAGAUUCUUUGUGGAAAAUGUUUCAAUGGUCUUGUUGAUUCAAUUCAAUCACAAACACGAAUAUCAUUCACAAAUUUUGCAUCAAAUGUUUUCAAAUUUAUUAUCAAUGACUAUGGCUUAGAUACUCUUUCAAUAUUAUCAAAUCAACAUCAAAAUGAUUAUCAUUCAAUGUUAGAAUUGAUUGAUUAUGCAUCUUUCUCAAACGAUGAAAAUAAAGAUUCGAUUUCACAAGGUCUUAUCCAAUUAAAUAUUCAUUAUGCUUGUAUUCCACAAACUCCACUUUAUCAUCUAUUCCAUCAACGAAUCAAAGUCUACGCUGAUGAGAUCAAACUAAUGACUAUUCUUAAACAAAAUCAACAAAGAGAUGAGAAUGCGGAUGAACUUCGUCGAGAUUAUUAUGCAAUCCCACCGACGACUACAACUUCAAAUUAUCACUAUGUUAAUGAUGAUGAUGAAAAUGACACAGCUGAACAUUUUCGAUAUAAAUUAAUGAAAGCAAUCGCAAAUGAUAAAGUAUUAAAUGAAAUUAUCAAUGAACAUAUUCUUCAUUCUUAUUCGAAUGAUCUCGUUCGAACAUUUUGUACAAUCGUUGAAAAGAAUUUCGAUGAUAAUCUUCAACAAUGUGAAAAAACCAUCGAAUUCGUCUCACGUUGGUUAUUACUUGUCGAUGAUAAUGAUCGACAAUCCUUAGAAGAUUCUCCAAACAAAUACAUUUGGCUUCUAUCACAUGUUUACGCAUCAUUUGAAUAUGAUCAAAACGAUCUAUUUUCACUGUAUUCAGCUUGUCGUAUCACCGAUCAACUCGACUCAACACGAUCGUUCUAUGAAGAUCUAUUCGAUAAUGAAGACCAUAUAACUCGAUCUGACGUUCGCGAGAAAUUAUUCCGAUCAAUGUUUGAUUAUCUUUGGAAAUAUCUCUGUGAGCUCUGUUCCACCAACCAACAAAGUGAUGAAAAAUGGAUCCAUGCUUAUACAUUUAUAUCGAAAUAUUAUCCAUCCGAGAAAGUUUUAUCCCGUACACAACUUAUUAACAUCAAGGAUGAAAUUGAUUUCAUGAAUUUGGCUUAUCUGAUUUUUCUCAACGAUAAAACACCUCAACCCAAACAGCUCGUUGCUCAUCUAUUAAAAAAUCUCCAUCAGAAUCAUCAUCAUGCUAUGAAAUCAAUGUAUUUGAAACUAAUACCGAAAAUUAUUGAAUUAAUUCAAAACUAUCUUGACGAACAUCACAUUAUCAAUUCGACAUUGAUGAUCGAUGUCCAACAAUGGAUUAUUUUAAUGUUGAAAUCUACAACAGAUUCAUGUAAAGAUGAAAUUAAGGAUCUUUUUCAUGAUUUAAAUCAAUCAUCGUUUCCAUUAUCAUUACCAAUGAAACAAUUCCUAUUCGAUGAAUUAGCAAAUCUUUAUCUGCGAGAGUCUGAACGAACUGGAAGAGACAAACUAGCCUGUUGGAACCGCGGAAUUAUACUUUUACCAGUGAUUAUUGAAUGUAUUGAUCAACAUGAUGAUGUUCUAAAGAAUUAUCAUUUACCUUCUCAUCCAUCGAUGAUCUCAACAGAUGAACAACGACAAUCACUCUUUGACUUAUUUUUCUUUCAUCUUCAACGAUCUGUCAAUAAUGAACUAAUAACCUGUAACUUUGUUAAUAAGAUUAUUCAAUCUAAAUUACCAAAUCAAUAUUCGAGAACUACUCGAGACAUUUUCAAACCAAUACACAUUUAUUUCAUUGUAAAAUUAACUGCUGUUCUAUUAUGCCAAAGUAACAUUUCAGCGGAUAAUCAAGCAGCUCUCGAUCGAAUCACUAGAGCAACUAUCAGUUCAUAUUUAACAUUGAAUAAUGAUGUCACGCAGUUAAGCGACAAUCUUCAGUUAUUUUUAUCAACGAUUAUUUCCAAACGAUCAUGGAAUUAUCUUCUCAAUCUUCUGAAAUCAGAAAGUAUUCAACGAUUCCAUAGUCAAUGGGCAAAUACACUAUUCCAAUUAUUGCAAAUUCAACAAACAACACAACGAAAUGAAUAUUUACAAUUAUGUCAUCAAAUCCAAUUCACUCUUUCAAUCAAUCAAACUUCAUCCAUCUUUCCACAAUUUCAUCAAAUCUACAAUGAAUUAAAAACAAAUCUUACGAAUUGUAUAAACAAUAAUCAACAAUGGAAUAUUUUAUCCGAUUGGAUUCAAUUACAACAAAAUCCUAAUCUGACAGAAAUCAAAGUGAUGUUAUUGUUAAAUAUUUAUUAUGAUUAUUAUUGUACAAAUCAAUUAGCAUCUCUCAAUACAUUGUUACCAUUUAUUGAAAAUACUUUGGAACCUUUACCGGAAGAAUUGCGAGUAUUUCGUGCUUUAUUACAACCUGAACAACAUAUGAUUGGUUAUUCAAGAAAUCAAGAAGAAAAUUUUCUUAAUCAUUUAUUUCGAGUUGAUUGUAAAGACGAGGAUGAAUUACCUAUUCGUCAUUCAUUAGUCAAUCUUUUGGCAAUGAUUCUCUUAGGUGGAAAACAGAACUUUCUAUGGACAUUUACCUUUCAACCAUUAACUCUACAAAAUACUUUUGGUUUUGGAUCAACAGCACGUAGUACAAUUCAAGCCAAUGGUGUUCAUUAUGAUAGCGGUUGCAUCAUCACACAAAAUGGUGAUUUAGCAUAUUUCGAUAGAACACGUGUUAGUGUAUUAAAUGUUCCAGCAGUUUAUGUUGCUUAUUUCGCUACAUUUGGUGCAUUGGCUUGGCAUUUAUUACUAUACAAUGAAUCCGUACAAAAUUUACAUGGACCAAUUCUUGCUCCACAUGCAAUUGCUGAUAAUACAGCUGCUCAUCGUCUAGCAGGAAAUGAUCAACGAACAAAAGUUUGUCAUUUUGUUCGAGCAAGAUUAUUAUCAACAUUUAAUUUCUUAUCAACUCAUUCGAAUUCUAAUGAUGCAUCUAUUCUGUUAAAUCGUUGUUUUGAACAAAUGGCAUUUUUAACAUUGAACCAGCAACAAGAAGAAGAUUCGUGGAUAAAACCAGUUUAUCAAACCAUUGAUGAUCAAUUGAAAGCUGAAGAAGAAUUUCAGAAUAAAGUCUUUUAUUUCAUUCAUCAAAAAUUAGCUGAACAUAAAGCUUUUGUCAAUCAGUUAGAUUUACAAUCUCAAAUUCAAGCACAACUUCAGGAUUUUAUCACAAAAAUGCCAAUUGAAAUUCAAUUUCGACAUUUUAAAACUGAAUUGCACAAUCCAAUUCAUUCGGAAAUACCUUUGAAUAUGUUAAGACACGUUCUUGAUUCAACUGAUUUUCUCAAAAUGACCAAAUGGAUUCAUAAUCUCACACAAUUUUACCUUCUUCUACAUCAAACAUAUGCUCAAUUAAUCGAACGAAAUGAAUUUCUCACAGUUUCAUUAGAAGAAUUAUAUCAACGAGGUGAAAAACAUUCGAAGAAUUACCAAUCUGAAAAUCGAAACAAUAAUUAUUCAACAAUAAUUGAUCAUGGAAUCGAAGCUGUCAAUGCUUAUCAUGAUUUUACCGAUGGUCUCAUUCGACCAGGUGCUUGUGAUCAAACUCAACGUUUUACAAAGAUCACACGUGAAACACCAAUACAUUAUUUAGUAACUACAGGAAGUCUCGAUGAAGGAGAUAUUGUCAUGAGAAUACUCAGAGUCUUAAUCGAUUAUCACAAUAGUCUGUUGAAACUAUUGGAACAAGAAGUUAACAAUGAUGCGAAUACUCAUGUAGUUGGAGCAUUGCAAAAACUAAUCAAUAAUUUAACAUCAAAAGAAGUUUCGAUUGUACAGAUCGUUCGUGACAAUACCGGUGUUAUAACAUUAACUGAUCAAAAUUGUUCAUGGCUUGAACAAUUAUCACGUGCAACAUUGAUUACUGAAACCAAUGAAUAUUUUCAACAAAUAGAUACUCCACUGAAUUUUGAUUUUCUCUAUUUACAAUCCUAUAUUAUUCGAACAUAUCUUCUACUUUGUCGUAUUAAUUAUGAACAUAUCAUUCAAAAUUAUCAAUGUCAUAUUCGACGAACACAACAAAAUACUACGAAUGAAGUAUUCGAUUUAGAUAAAGAUUAUUGUGCUCAGUUAAGUGAUCAACAAUUAGAAAAUAAUUGGAGUUAUUUGAAAGAAAUGUAUUUAGACAAACUUUAUCAUGGUCAUAAUCUUCUCAGACAAAUUGCAAUUAAAUUGCAUCAUCAACAAGAAAAUGUCUCUCAAAUGUAUCUCUAUGAAUUUAUUCAAACAUUUGAUCAUGAGAAGAAGUUUUACGAACAAAUUCAUCAGAAUGAAAUCAAAGACUUUCAAUUAUGUUAUUUCGAUCAUAUCCGUCAGUUAUAUGCAAAUUCAAUUUGUGAUUUUCAACAUUUGUUCACUGAUGUUUCUCAAAUCUUACGAACACCGAUUCCAAUCGAACUUGAAAUUGAACUUGGUAGAAUGUUACAAGCUGUAGUGAUUAGUGUGGAUAGUAUCGAUGAAAUUAAAUCAACGAUUCAAACAGUUACUGAUUUAUUGAAUGAUCUGCGAGACAACGAAUAUUUUCUUCAAAGACAAUGGGCAGAGUCAUUAACAGAAACUUGUGAACUCUUAUCGAUUAAAAAUACAGUUUUGAAUUAUGUUUCCGCUGGUAUCAAAUGUGAAAACUAUGUUCCACUUUGCAUCUAUUUGAUUCGAAUGAGAAGUACUCUGCAAGAAAGGACGGUUAAUAUCGAGGAAAAAGAAAGCAAACAGUGGAAUGAAAGUAUGAUCAGCGAUUCUGUUGAACAACAACCAAAUCGUUUCCGUGAAUAUCUUAACCAAUCAACAGAACCCGAUGAACCACCGCCUACCCCAAUCGAUCCCGAACCGUUUGAAUGGCCGAAUAUCGAUCCUACUGACGUAGACCCAACCGCUGAAUUCAUGUCGAACUCUACGAAUGGUGAACAUCGACCUGAACCGGCACAUCCAAGACCUUUGCCAAAUCUCCUCGAAGAAACUUUCGAAUCUUUCUCUCUGUUUGAAUUAACUGUUGCAUUAGUACCGCUUUCGACAUCGAAGUUGUUUGAGAAAAUUCACGAUCAGAAUGAACAACCAACAGCGACCGAUUUGAAAAAAGGGUUGAGAUUUACGGUGACUGAUCUAAAUGAAAAAGCAGCUGCGAGGUUAUGGAGAAGUGAAAAUCUAUGUCAAAAACUACGCGAAUUUUUCAAGCAAGAAAAACUCGAUGAGAAUCUGCUGGGUGUUAUCGAUCAAAACAAGAUUUUCCUGGAUUUUUCUAACGAUAGUUGUCAAUUGCCAAAACAGAUUUGUCAGGAAUAUCGGAUUAUUCGCAAAGACUCGCUGUUUACAGUUCAAUUUCAGUUUCGAGAGAAUCAAUUUGACUAUUUUAUGACAUCCGAUGGUGAUAUUUCAGUUAUAAUCAAUCGAUUUAUUGCUGAUCAAAAUAUAGAACCUUCGUCCGAAGGAAUUUAUCUCUGCUUUUUUGAUGAACAAGGAAAAAGCAUUGAAAACGAAACAAUCGCUGACCUAAGUAAACGACUGAAAAAUCCCGAAACCAAAACAAUCCCAAUUAUCGUCAUUGAAGAGAACUUGAACACGAAAUCACUUUCUCAAGUCACUCUACGAACAGAACAAAAUCAAGAACGAAUCGGUCUCUUCCGUUCGGAUGCAAAUUGGAACCACGUCAACGAAUGGUUGAAGCGUUUCACGGAUAUCACUGAUCCUCCGAGUGAAUAUGCUUUUCUUAGCAGAGAACAACAGAUCAUUCUUGAUGAUGAACAAUCCAUUUCUUCCACAAUCGAACAACUACAACCAACAAUUAUCGAUGGAAUCAGUCGAAACAGUACAACCAAAGUGACAUUCACCUAUGAGAAUAACAGUGUAUCUAUAAAUACAUUAAAAUCAUCGAGAAUUUCUCAUUUACUAAACAAUGAAAAUCUUCUUCGACGAUUAAAUCUAAUUGAUAUUUCUCCAAACGAUUGUGUUCUUGUCUUAGGCGAAACAAAUGAACAAGUUCUCUCUCAAGAAGAUAUUCGACAGCCUUUAACGGCCUAUUUAUCAGCUGAAGAUCGAUCUGUUCAUUUCCGCAUAUCGAUUAUGAUACAAAUCCUUCGAUAUGAUAACUCCGAACCGAGUUCUCUUCUUCUUCCAAGUCGAAAUGUGACGAUGGAACAUAUAUUUCAAUCGAUAGAUAAUGUUCCAGCGAAUGUUUAUAAGUAUUUAGCUUCGAAUUCCACGAAGAAGAUUAUCGAUAAUUGUGAAAAACUUUCAAAUUUACAUGAAACAAAGUUUCUUCUAGUGAAAGAAAACGAAACAUGUUUCAUAUCAGUUAAAAAAUCAAAAACAAAUCAGUUACUUGAUUUAGAUGACGAACAAAAUGCGAUACACCAAAGGUUUACAAUCUAUGCUCAAAUUCGCGAUAUUUAUCAAGAAAAUCAACUUGACAUCGAUCGUCAGUAUUGUCUUUAUUCAAAUGAUUUUGUUCCAUCAAUUGAUACACAAUUAUUCUUAUUUCCACGAUCAAACUCGACAAUUGAAUUUGCUUUAUUCGAUCAGAAUUUACCAUUCAAGGUUACUAUUCAGAAUAAAGAAAAUCAACAAACAAUUCAGUUUCAUUGCUCGUUAACAAUCAAUGUUGGACGUUUACAGUCAAUUGCUUGUCAGUUAUUUACUUUGAACGGUAAAUAUUAUGUACUAAAAGAGUCUGGUUGUACACUCGAUGAUGAGGAUAUCACUCUAAAUGAGAUUAAUUCUGCAGUGAAGGAGAUUGAAUUACAACUGGAACCCAAACCAACGAUUCAUUCUUCAAUCAAAUUUGGUGAGCGAAUAAUUGAAUUACCUUGUUCUUCGGAUACAUUAGUCGAAGUAAUUAUCAAAGAAGCAUUAGAUCACUUUCAUGUAUGUCAAGAAGAUUAUCCUAUAUACGAAUUAUUUGCUUUAACCGAUGACGGAGAAUCACAAAUGGAUGAUACAUAUUCCAUUGAAAAUAUUUAUGAAUUAUUUCCAUCGCGACCUACAACAAUUCCAUUUGAACUGAAAAGAAAACAAGUCUAG